AUGGCGUCCUCGAGACGAGGAUUAGGGAUGUCUAAAGCGGAUCUGGAGGCUUCUCGUUUGGUUUUCGUGUACCUGGCACAGUCCAAGCCCAAGAGGAAGGUGGCAAUCCCUGUGCCCGACUCUUACACGUGGGAGCAGUUCCUUGACCAGGUCAAGGCGCGGCUGAGGUUGACGGGCGUGCGGGACAUCUACCUGGCCUCGGUGCGUGGGGCGGCGGCCGCGUCUACCGGCGCCAAGGUCAGGAGCGUAGGGGAGCUGCAGGAUAUCGAUGAGCUGUGUGUUGUCGAGGCCCCCACGGAUGAGAUUUAUGGCGGUGGUGCCGGCAGCAACGGCAACACUGUCCAGAUCAGCGUGCCCAACGGCGACGGGGCCGGCGGCGCGGAGAUCGAGCCGCAGGGCAGCCAGGGACUGGGGCCUUCCACAUCGUUGAGACAGCAGGCCCGCACAGCGAGCCUGCCGCUAGAGCGCCACCGCAGCGGCGUGCCAAACGGCGGGGGGGCGCACGGCUACGACCGAGAGGAUGACAAGAAGUAUGCGCGGCGCGCGCACCCCCUCAAGCGCACGCUGCAGCGCAUCCUGCCCGGGCUCUUCUCCACAGGCAGCCUGCCGGUGACGCUCGCGGAAGCGGGCUCGAUUGACGGCAGCAGCGGCGGCAAGGCCGGCAAGCGGCGGCGGGGCACACGGCGGUCAAAGUUGUCUGCGCAGAACGUGCUGGCGGCCAUGGCAGUCCUGUCAUGCUUCGGCACCAUGGUCUUCUUUUUCACGCGGUGA